CGGAUCUUAUUGCACAGAACGGCCCGCACAGAUAAACGAAACAAUUUACGAUCCUAGACAAUUAUCGAUUUUCGUGGGAAGUAACUGAUACCUCUAGUCAAUAAAAAAUUUGAUUACAAAAAGCGAACUGCAUUGAUAUCGUUUCGAUGUCCACUAGUUAAGACUGAACACUUCAAUCGACGACAUGUGGAAAUCAUUUUUGACCAUACUCUGCAUAGCAGAGUUGACGGCAGCAGAAAGUACCCAAUGUUCCGAAGAGUUUGCGCUCAAACAUGGAGCGUUGUUUGCCAUUCCGGGAUUGUGCGACAAAUAUCUGGCAUGUGCUCGUGGUCAUCUGGCCGAGUUCAGCUGUCCACCUGGAGCGGUGUUCGAUGUAAAUUCGAGUCGGUGCAGUAGCGACCCUCAAGCCAAGUGCGCAGAAGAAAACUGGGCUGUUGCAGAUGGUGUUUGUAGUAAUUUAGAUGAGGCAUUAGCGAUUCCGGAUCCUCAUAGAUGCACAAGCUAUGUAUUGUGUCUAGGCGAGUUCACCAUCGCAAAGAAAUGUGACCACGGGUUGUUGUUCAACUCGCUAAUCGGGAUAUGUGAUACUGCACAGAAUGUCGUAUGUGAUGUUACGUGUCCUACAGAAGGGGACGAAGUGACUUAUCUGCCAGAUUCUACCGGACAGAAUUGUGCUAGGUACCACAUCUGUGAGAAUGGUUUUCCUCAACCUGCUGAAUGUUCGACUAUGCAGUACUUUGAUCUAGUGACGGAAACUUGUACAAAUCCCGCUGAGUCUUCGUGUAGAGUUCAGGGCGUAACAUGUUCAGAGCUGGAUGAAUCUAUUGCUAAUCCGGAAAGCUAUACCAGCUAUUACAGAUGUGAGGAAGGGUUUCCUCAUUUAAUGGAAUGUGACGCAGAGCACCAUUUCUUCGAUGGGCAAUGUGUUCCUGGGGACUGUGACGAUUUUUUAACAGAUGACACGGAGGGAACCACAGACGAGGGUACAACAUCAGAACCCGUAACUCAGUCGACAAUUGCAACUCCAACUGAAAGUCCAUCUACCAUUACAACAGGUUCACCUCCGGCAACUCCUGAGAUUACAACGGAAUCUACGACUACCACUCAAUCAACCAUUACUAUGCCAUCGACAAUCACUACGGAGUUACCCGUAACGACUCCCGAAUUCACUACAGAAGUUUCUACAGAAACACAAUCAACUAUUGUUACGCCCACUGAUAGUCCAUCAACUAUCACAACAGAAUUGCCUUCUACGACUCCGGAACUCACGACAGAACAGUCUACAGCAACUCAAUCAACGAUUGGUACACCAACUAUUACGACGGAAUUACCUGUCACAACUCCAGAGAUUACCACCAUACUAUCCACAGAAACUCAAACGCCAACCGGUACUCCAUCUACAAUCACAACACCUCCCACGACCCUGGAGCUUACAACAGAACUUUCAACAGCUACUCAAUCCACCAUUCCAACGCCAACCACGGAAUCACCGGUGGCCACGACUCCGGAGAACACAACGCCCAUCAUAACAUCGCCAACUCCGUCGACGAUUACAACGACUUCUACGCAAACGGUGGAGUCUUCUACCGUAACUGGUGAAGCCACCACAGCCACUACUGACACCCCGUCCACAGAUCCGGCAGUCGUAUGCCAAGGCGUAGAUAUCGGCAUUUUUGCCCAUCCGUUCAACUGUUACCAGUACUUUGUGUGCAUUUUCGAUGCCGGUUGGCUGUUCACCUGUGGUAAUGGGCAGAUUUUUGACCCGUUGCUGGUUUGCGUGGCCGGCGAUAGGGAGACCUGUGUGCGGAGCUGACUGAGCGUGUAGAAUCGAGAAGGGAAGGCUGAUCGAUCAGUCCUCAACCCAAUGUCAGCUGGAGUAGAUUGAAAGCUGUUUUUCAAUUAAGUCAUCCGAAACAAUAGAGACAACACAAUAAAAUUAUGUCCUGGGAUA